CUGACAUUUCCCCCCCUAAAGGCACAGACAACAAAAGAAAUUGUGCGUCGGGCCACGCAAGGGUUCUUAGACUGCGUAGAUGUUUGCCAGAAUGUCUCUUCUCCGUAUUCUGCUGUUAAUGGUUCUAGCAGGGAAGACAGCUGUCGGGUUCUCCCUGAUGUCUUUACUCCUAGACCCGGACCCAGAUUGGACCCCUGACUACUACGAGGAUAGCUAUGAGGAAUACAACCAGGAAGAGAACAGCAGUAAUGCUCCUGCCUACCAGGAGAAUCCUGACUGGUACUACAUGGAGGAUGAUCCGUGCCUGUCAAACCCCUGUGAACAUGGCGGGGACUGCCUUGUCAGUGGCGACACCUUCACGUGCAGCUGUCCGGCCCCUUUUUCUGGAAACAGGUGUCAGAAUGUGCAAAACAAGUGCAAGAACAACCCAUGUGACCGGGGCGAAUGUCUCAUUACCCAGAGUCCUCCCUAUUACCGCUGCGCCUGUAAACACCCUUACAGGGGACCUGACUGCUCCACAGCGGCUCCUGCGUGCAGGCCAAAUCCCUGCCAAAAUGGUGGCACCUGCUCCCGGCAUAGGCGGAGAACCAAGUUCACCUGUACCUGCCAUGACCAGUUCAAGGGGAGAUUCUGUGAAAUAGGUCCUGAUGACUGCUAUGUUGGUGAUGGCUACUCCUACCGAGGGAAAGUGAGUAAGACAGUCAACCAACACUCAUGCCUUUACUGGAACUCCCACCUCCUCUUGCAGGAGAAUUACAACAUGUUUAUGGAAGAUGCUGAGACCCAUGGGAUUGGGGAACACAACUUCUGCAGAAACCCAGAUGGAGAUAAAAAGCCCUGGUGUUUCAUUAAAGCCAACAAUGCAAAGGUGAAAUGGGAGUACUGUGAUAUCUCAGCUUGCUCAGCCCUAGACAUUGCUGACCCAGAGGGAAGCCCCACAGAGCCUCUGACCAAGCUUCCAGGGUUUGACUCAUGUGGGAGGACUGGGAUGACGGAGAAGAAGAUCAAGAGGAUCUAUGGAGGCUUUAAGAGCACGGCGGGCAAGCACCCGUGGCAGGCAUCCCUGCAGACCUCAUUGCCACUGGCCACCUCCAUGCCCCAAGGCCACUUCUGUGGGGGAGCGCUGAUCCACCCCUGCUGGGUGCUUACUGCUGCCCACUGUGCCGACAUAAAGACCAAACAUCUGAAAGUGGUGUUAGGGGACCAGGACCUAAAGAAGACAGAAUUCCAUGAGCAGAGAUUUGGGGUGGAGAAGAUCUUCAAAUACACCGACUAUAAUGAAAGAGAAGAGAUUCCCCACAAUGACAUUGCUUUGCUCAAGCUAAAGCCAGUGGAUGGUCACUGUGCUUUGGAAUCCAAAUACGUGAAGACUGUAUGUUUGCCGGAAAACAUUUUCCCCUCUGGGACUGAGUGUCACAUCUCUGGCUGGGGUGUGACAGAAACAGGGGAAGGCUCCCGCCAUCUCCUGGAUGCCAAGGUCAAGCUGAUUGCCAACACCUUGUGCAACUCCCACCAACUCUAUGACCACAUGAUCGACGACAGCAUGAUUUGUGCAGGAAACCUGCAGAAGCCUGGGAAAGAUUCCUGCCAGGGUGACUCUGGAGGCCCUCUGACCUGUGAGAAGAAUGGCACCUACUACAUCUAUGGGAUAGUGAGCUGGGGCCUGGAAUGUGGGAAGAAGCCAGGAGUCUACACCCAAGUUACCAAAUUCCUGAGUUGGAUCAGAGCCACCAUCCAAAAGGAGGGUAGCUUCUAAGGUGUCUUCUGAACCUGAGAGCCCAUUGUCCUGAGCACCUGGACAAGGCCAGGCCUCAUAGGCAGCACUGGAUGCCCCGGGAGCCCCCAGGAGGCCAUAUAGCCGAGUGGCCAUGCUCUAAGCAGAGAAAACGGCCGCCCGGCCUGGGGCCACCCCAGACCAGCACGUCCACUGCUUUAUCAGGCUGCCUCGUGGGUAACCCAAGAAGUGCCAGAACCCACCCAAUAGAUACUUUGUUGGCUUCCCUUCAAACAUGGGCACCUUCUAGAAAAAUCACAGACCGCCUUCACCUCAGAUAUUUGCAAACGUGGGAUCUCAGAAUGACCAGAGCCAGCAGGAGUCACCUUGACAUCUUUAUUCCUCAUCCCAGACACCCAAGGUAUGCCACAGAAUGGGCCACCCACUUCCAGGAUUAGACGGGAGACCAACAAUACCAGAUUCUCUGUGGCUUUCUGAGAGUCGUUGUUUUAGUAAAGGGGCUCGGGGAAGGGCUGCCACACGGUUUUUCAGCUCGCUCGAACGGAAGCACGUCUCUGGUGGGCACCUUUCCUCCUGAGCCUCUUUCCCAAGAAUCCUGGGCGGACGCAGCUCACUCACAACGACAGAACCUUCCUCCUGUUGACAUGUAGAAUCUCCAUGGCGUCUGGGUUCACGUCCCCCCUCUGAUUAUCCAUGGGCCCCACAGCCUCUGGCCCCCCCUGCGGAAAUCAAACACACGUCCCUGAGUCAGGGUGAAGUUUCCGCCCGGCUCCCACAGGAUGAGAGAUGCUACCCCACCCCGCCCUGGCCCUCCUCCCCCCUCCCCAAGAGAAAGGAUCCUCGAGGCAAGAAGGAGAAAGAAGCAAAGCCAAUCUCUCAUUUAGACGUGGUGUCUUUCUUCAGAACAAAGUAGGGUUCAAAACCCAGACCGCUGCAGCCAGAGAGUCCCUGAUCCUUUCUACGCAUGUAACGAGCCAGCAGUGAGCGCAGCCUGGGCUGCCGUGGCCCGCGAUUGAAGGAGCCCCGGUAGGUUUGUCUCCGCACAACUAAUGGCUGUGACUUCAGAGAAAACCCUGCAGGAAGUUUAACCCGGGUGUCAUCCGCCCGGCCAUCUCAGACCCAUGAAAUUAGGCGCCUUGCCCCAGCUAUGUUCCUCACUUCUUCAGAGCCGGCUGACCUUUGGCCAAAAAUAAAGUUUGAAAAGAAA